AUGUCAAUGAUAGCUGACUCCCUCCUGCUAUCCGCCACAUCUUUUACGAGUAUAAUAAUCCUCAUUAUACAAAAAUAUAAAAUUAAUUCUUCUAUUGAACCUGAUGUUAGCUUUUCAACUGCAGGAAAAGAUUACAUUAAACUUGUACUUGCAUUAUUUCAAGUAGCCUUAUUUUUGUUUUUGUUUUUCGUGAGAGUAUUUCAUGUUAAGGAUCACCUAGAAGUGAAGGAUGCAUUUCAUGCCGGGUUACUUGCGUUAUGCUGGAUUUAUUGUAUGAUGAUGUGCUUAUCGAUCUGUUUGAUUCGCGCAAGGAAUUGGAAAUGGAUCUUGAAUGCACACGUGACAUUGCUCUGUGCGACCGCAUCUCUGGCUGCAACGUGGCAACUGCGAACCGCUUUAGUAUUUCAUCACGACACGACAAGGGAAUUGAUCAUCGCAAUUAUAAAUCUCGUGACCUCCACAAUACUUGCCGCCGUAACGAUAACAACGCCCAAAGGUCCUCCUACGUAUAAUAAGGAAGGUCGUCCGAUCUCAUCAAUCAGUCAUUGUUCAAUUUUGGAGUUUAUCACAUUUAAUAUAACCAUCCCACUCAUUCGUAAAACAUUAAAGACAAACACACUUUACGAUUCGGAUUUGGAUGAAUUGCCCAAUGAAUAUCUCGCACACGAAUCAUUUAAUAAAAUUAAAAGAUGGCGUAAUAAUAAAUUAUUAUAUAGGAUAUGGAAAGCUAAUCAAACGAUCGUUUUAUUAGAAACCUUUUACACAAUCGUCUCGUCAGUUUUGCGUUAUGUGCCGAUCUUAUUCUUGUAUAGUUUGUUGGAUUUUAUUCAAGAGAAUGAAUUCGAAAAUUACGAGUGGGCCAUCUUUUGCAUCUUUGGAAUCUUAAUCGGUGGAUUAUUAUACGUAUUUGCAAUAUCCCAACAUAAUUAUUGGGGUUGUGCCGUGUUGCAAGUGAAUAUAAGUUCCAUGUUAAAUUCGGAAAUUUACUCAAAGAGUUUAACCAUUAAAAGUAACAUUAACGAGAUAGGUAAAGUGAGCAAUUUGAUGGCGGUCGAUGUUAAUAGGGUGGCUCAAUUUGCAAUAUGGUGGGCUUCCAUGCUCGAGGGCCCGAUUCAAAUCGUGGUUGGGUUAUUUUUCUUGUAUAAAUUAUUGGAAAGUGCCUGUUUGAUUGGAAUUCUCGUCUUGGUGGUAAUCUUGCCCAUUCAAAGAUGGUCCGGUCACUACUUUUCUAUGAAUCAAGAACGUCUUAUGAAAGCUAGAGAUUACAGGGUAUCCCUAAUGAAUGAAGUCUUGCAAGGUAUUCGUAUGAUUAAAUUCAAUGCGUGGGAAGAUAAUUGGAUGAGGAGAAACUUGGAUGCACGAAAUAUCGAAUUGAAAUUCCUAAAGAAAAACUUUGUGAUGAUGACCAUAUUCAACAUACUGUGGAUGGCUUCCCCGAUAUUGAUCACGGUCGCUAGUUUCUUAGCGUACACGAAAAUCCUGGGAAACGAAUUAACGGCUUCCGUUACGUUUACUUCCGCCGUCAUAUUCAAUGAAAUUCGAUUUAUAUUAAAUGAUUUGGCCGAAUUAUUCAUGUUAGGUUUGCAAGCUUUGGUUAGUUUACGUAGAAUCGAAGUUUUCUUAACUACCGAAAAUAAGACCCAACGUGAUAAGAACGUGAUUUUUGCGUGUGAAAAUAAAAUGGGGUUUGAGAAUGCCACUAUAACUUGGUAUAAAACUGAAAAGAAUAUCAAUGAAAAUUUCAUAAUGAAGGAUUUAAGUAUCGAAUUCCCGGUAGAAAAAUUGAGUAUUAUAUUUGGUCCAACUGGAUCAGGAAAGACAUUAUUAUUAUUGACAUUGCUCGGAGAAGCGGAAAUUCAAUCGGGCAGUGUGUUUUGCCCACAAAAUCAAAGAUCGGAUGAUCCUGAUUGGAUGAUGGACGAUAGCAUCGCUUAUGUGGCGCAGUAUACGUGGCUGCCCAAUUGCUCAAUACGGGAUAGUAUUUUAUUCAAUCUACCUUUUAACGAAGAAAGAUACAAUCAAGUAGUGAAAUCAUGUGCGUUAGAUAAGGAUUUUGAGAGUUUCGUGGAUGGCGAUCUAACUGAGAUUGGCGAACAAGGCGUAACUCUUUCCGGAGGUCAAAAACAAAGGAUCGCUUUGGCAAGAGCCGUUUAUUCGAGAGCGAAACAUAUUUUGAUCGAUGACGUAUUGAGUGCCGUAGAUGCGAAUACUGCGAAACACUUGAUUGACGAAUGCCUUUCUGGUCCAUUAAUGAAUAAAAGAACAAGGAUUCUUGUCACUCAUCAUUUAAGCUUGGCUUUAACCAAUGCGAGUUAUAUGGUUGCGAUAAAUAAUGGACAAGUCGCUGUUAAAGGAGAAGUAUCGGAAUUAUAUGAUUCCGGUUCAAUAUUUCAAUUCUUAAAGCGUAAACCUGAGGAAGAUGUGAGUAAAAAGAUUAUUGUAUCGGAAACCAAUCGAAUCGAAAAUUCUAUCGGUACUUUAUUACAAGUUCCUUCGGAAGAAACCUCUGUAAUAAUUAAAGAAGAUUUAACCGAUGAGAAGAUCAUUGAUAAAAGUCCAAAUAACGAACUUAAUAAGCCUAGAGUACUCAUACAAGAAGAAGGUAAAGAAUCUGGGAAGGUGAAAUUGGGAGUCUAUCUAAAAUAUUUGAAAUCAAGUGGAAAUUAUUUAUUCUGGAUAAUGGCUUUGAUAUUAUUUAUAAGUACAAGAACGGCCCAAAUUUUGGAAGGGUGGUGGUUAAAUGAAUGGUCGAAUUUAAAUACGACCUUAAAUAAGGAUUUUAAUAUUGAUUUUUACAUAAAGAUUUAUAUAAUAAUAAUCAUUUUUUCGAUGUUUUUCGGUGUCGUUCAGUUCUCUUUUCUAUAUUAUGGCUCAUUACGAGCCUCGAAAAAGUUGUAUCAUCAAUUAUUGGCGACAGUUAUUAAAGCUCCAUUAAGAUUUUUUGAUACUACCCCGAUCGGAAGAAUCUUAAAUAGAUUUAGUAAAGAUUUUGAAAUCAUUGAUAGUAGUUUAGCGGUUGAUUUGGGAUUAUUUCUUCAUAAUUUGCUAAUGAUUAUCGGCGUUAUAAUCGUAAUAAUCACAAUCACCAAAGAAUUUGCGAUAGCAGCGAUUGCAUUUGGCAUAAUUUACGUAAUAAUUGGCGCAUUAUACGCCAAAAUAUCAAGAGAAUUGAAACGAUUGGAUUCGAUAACAAAAUCUCCAUUGUACUCUCAUUACACAGAAACAUUAAUUGGAAUAACGACGAUAAGGGCGUUUAAGGUUACGGAGCAAUUCAUGAACGAAAUGUUGAAAAGGAUAGAUAAUAAUAUUCGACCCUUUUAUUUCCUUUGGGUAGCGAAUCGCUGGCUACAGAUAUGGACAAAUGGCAUAGGAGCGUUUUUCCCCUUUGUCACUGGGUUAUUAAUUCUUUUGAAUUUAGGAAAAAUCAAUGCCAGUUUAGCAGGGUUAUCAUUAUCAUUUGCGAUGACCUUUACAUCGCAAAUCAUGUGGUCGAUACGGAAAUAUACUCAAUUAGAGAUGAGUUUAAAUUCCGUUGAAAGGAUAAUAGAAUCUUUGCGCAUUCGACAAGAGAAUUACCAAGGAGAAAUUGGCAACGAAACGUUGAAGGAAAAGAAUUGGCCUAUAGAUGGAAACAUCAAAUUCGAAGGGUUAAAAGUAAAAUACGCCGAAGAUUUAGAACCCGUGUUGCACAACAUCUCUUUUGAGAUUAAAGGGAAAGAAAAAGUUGGAAUAGUUGGAAGAACUGGAUCCGGAAAAUCAACGAUGUCAUUAUCGCUAUUCAGAUUUUUAGAAGCUACGGAGGGAAGGAUACUCAUUGAUGAUAUUGAUAUUAGUAAAUUAAGUCUUAAGGAUUUAAGAUCCAAUCUUACGAUCAUACCUCAAGAUCCGAUACUGUUCACUGGUUCAAUAAGAUCAAAUCUUGAUGUGUUUUCACAGCACACGGAUUAUGAAAUUUUCGAAUCUCUAAAAAGGGUCAACUUUUUACCCUCAUCAUCAGAACCUACAAACAAUUUUACGAGAGAAUCCGGAAAUAUCUUUUAUAAUUUAGAUACCCAGAUUAACGAAGGAGGUAAUAAUUUAAGUCAAGGACAACGUCAACUAUUAUGUCUUGCAAGAGCCUUGUUAAAGAAAUCUAAAAUCAUAAUCAUGGAUGAAGCUACUGCUAGCAUUGAUUUUGAUAUGGAUGAAAAAAUUCAGAAAAUGAUUAGAACCGAAUUUAAUGAUUGUACGAUCAUUUGUAUUGCGCAUAGGUUACGAACAAUAAUGGAUUAUGAUAAGAUAUUGGUUUUAGAAUCCGGUAAAUCAUGGUACACGCAAAUCAUUGGAAAAUUUGAAAAAGUAAUUUAUGAACGUCUUCCAGAAACUUUAAAAUAUAAUCAAAAGGUUGUUGAUGCACUUGAUGUCUUGAAAGAGAAUAUAUCAAAAAAAGUUAAUGAUAGUUCCGUCCAUCCGGAAAUCGAAUGGGAUGCAGAAGUUAGAUGUUCUAAUGAACUAUGUGAUGAUGAAAUAACUUUCUUGAAAGAAAGGAAAGAGUAUAUAAAAGAAAGUUUUGCUAAAUAUAUUGGAGUUGAUGUUGAGGAAAUUCAUGUUGAUGAUAUCCCUGUAAUUGCGUUUGCCGGAAGUGGUGGAGGAUUUAGAGCUAUGCUCGCCACCACUGCUUAUAUGAGAGCUGUGCAUGACUCCGGUUUAUAUGACUGUGGUGUUUAUUACAGCGGAUUGAGUGGAAGUUGUUGGAACCUGGCGACGCAGUAUUCUUCAUUAUGCGCUACAAGAGAAAAUCCAAUUCAAGCUGUAUUUGAAUUUUUCAAGAAAAAUUUAACACAUCACAUAGCUAAUCCAAUAGGAGUUUUGAAAGCUUUAUCAAAAAAUUCAUCACCAGAAACGGCGGUUGAAUUAGUAUUUGGUGGAUUGGUUCAAAAAGAAACAAUGGAUUUGCCAUUACGUGUAAUAGAUGUAUAUGGAUCUUUAUUAGCUGCUAGACUUUUAAUCGGAACUGAUCCAGAAUCCCAACAUCAGGAUUUCAAACUAAGUCAACAAAAACGAUUUUUGGAGGGUGGCAAACAAAUGAUGCCUAUAUAUACCGCUAUUUAUCACGAACGACCUUGGAAAGAUGAAUUGGAUAAAGAGCAUGCUGAAUAUGUGGAAAAUUAUGAGCAAGCAUGGGCUGAGCAUUCCAAGAAAAAGGAUCAUUUGGCUUGGUAUGAAUUUACCCCAUUUGAAAUUGGUUGUGAUGAACAAGCUGCAUGGGUACCUACAUGGGCUUUUGGACGUAAAUUUGAAUUAGGAAAGAAUCUUACACGUAUACCAGAACAAAAUAUUGGUCAGUUAAUCGGGUAA